UAUCAUUAGUAUAGAUCUAGCCUAGCUUUUGUUAUUGAUUAUUGAUUAAAGAACUUAGUAGAUCUAGAUCUAGAUCUAGACUUAGUAGUUGUGACCUAUAUAAGAACAAUCAGUAAGAUCUGCCAGCCUACACCUUUUUCUAGCCUUGCAGUCAGUUUUUGUACAAACAAUCACAGUGUACUUUAACUUUAGCAAGAGCAGGCGCUGGAGUCAUUCCUUUCUUUCUAAAUCAAGAGUGAUCAACGCUGUCGGAACGGGAAACGUGUGUCGUUUGACGUUUGAACAUUCUUGCAACAUUUAAAGAAGUUUGAACGUGAUUUAGAUCUAGAGAUUCUAGAUCUAGAUCUAGAAUCUGUAUACUGUAUUUCAACUUUCACUCUUCUCAGUCCAAAAAGAUGUCUCAAAAUAAAGUCUAUGGGCUGAUCUUGCCGAAAAAAAAUACUCAAGGGAAGGGAAGCAAACCAACAACCACCUCUUUCAAUGUGUUUGGAGAUGAGAGCGAUGAGGAGGAGACGACUCAGGUACCAGUGGCCCCAUACGGACAGGGAAAGUCUUCCAGUUCCAGCAAAAUGAAGAGACAGACUCAAAUGGACAUUGACAAAGCACUCCAAGAGGACCCAAGUGUGUAUGAGUAUGAUGAGAUCUAUGAUGAUAUGCAAGCUCAGAAGCCAAAGGUUGGAGCGAAAGAAAAGGAAAGCAAUACAAGUACAAAAGAUCGCAAGCCAAAGUACAUUGCUGGGUUGCUGAAGGCAGCUGAGGUGAAAAAGCGCGAGGAAGAAAGACGAAAAGAAAGACAGGUUCAAAAAGAAAGAGAGGCAGAAGGGGCGAAGUACGCAGAUAAAGAAUCGUUUGUCACUUCAGCUUACAAGAAGAAGAUGUUGGAGAUGCAAGCAGAGGAAGAGAGAGAGAGACAAGAGGCUGCCAUGGAAGCUAUGACAGAUGUCACCAAGCAGAAAGACAUGAGCGGUUUCUACAGAUAUCUGUACCGCCAGACUACAGGUGGUAAGGUGAAGCCAGAACCUCAAGUGAAAGAAGAAAAGGAUGAGAACAGGCAGAAUGACAGUAUCAAAGAGGAGCCUACGGAGACGCCAGAGACACAAGCUAGAGUGAAGGAAGAACCACAAUCCCCCACAGCGGCAGAGAGACGUUCCAGAUCUGCGUCUUCGUCAUCACAGUCUGGAUCAUCAGAGAGCGACUCGGAGCAACCGAAAACAUCGGGGAGAAAAGAAGACAAAGUCCAGUUUUCUAAGCGCAGCAAGGUGCAAGCUGCCAGCCAGUUUCGGAAGAAGAGAGCCGAUUUAUCACCUGGCUCGGAUACCUCUCCACAAAGGCAGAAAGAAAACUCUCCUCGUACUAGAAGACAUUCUCCAGAUGCCACCCAAGGUCAAAGUAAAUCAGGUGGCAGAAGAAAGCGUUCUAGAUCUAGGUCAAGGUCGAACAGUCCUCCAGCUCCGAGGAAAAGUUUGAAAUCAUCAUCUGAGAACAGAAGAAGAAAUCGUUCUCGUUCUCCCGAGAGAGAGAAGUCACAGUCUGUUUCUGGAGAACGACAUUCCUACGACACUCAGACACAAUCCAGAUCAUCAAAGGGAGACGAAUCUGGUAGUCACAGGGGACUUAAGUCUAACACUGGCGAAAGCGACAUGGUUACUUCCCCUGGUUCAGAUAAUUCACCCCGGGCGCGUUCAGAGGAAGUAAACGAUAGUAUCGUGGAUAAUCUGAAAGAAAUGAGAAAACAGACCGCUGCUGUCAUCGGACCAAAGCGAGGGAAAGAGAACAGCACUCCGAGUGUUGAUCCUGCCAAGAAAGUUUAUCCACAUCACAACUCGGUGAAAGAUAUCGAGGAGGCCAGAAAACGGUAUCUUCAAAGAAAAAUUGCUAGAGAAAGAGCGAGAAUGGCGUAAAUGUAGUGCAUUUGUCUCUGGAACUUUAUUGAUUUGAUGGUUGAUGCUUGAUGGUUUUUAAAUGUGAAAUUAAAAUGAACUGAUUUGUA